CUCUCCGGUAGCAGCCGGCUGCAAGAGACUAUGGUGCUGCGCCAAGUGUGGACCGCGCUGUCCGGAGUCUCCGGGGUUGCCCUAGUUUGCUGCUUGUUGUCGGCGGCGGUGGUCCUGCGAUGGACCGGGCGCCGGACGGCCCGGGGCGCGGCGGCCAGGGCGCGGCGGAGGCAGCGAGCCGGCCUGGAGACCAUGGAUAAGGCGGUGCAGCGCUUCCGGCUGCAGAACCCUGACUUGGACUCGGAGGCGCUGCUGGCCCUGCCCCUGCCUCAGCUACUACAGAAGUUACACAGUGGCGAGCUCUCCCCCGAGGUGGUGCUCUUCACCUACUUAGGAAAGGCCUGGGAAGUGAACAAGGGGACCAACUGUGUGACCUCCUAUCUGGCUGACUGUGAGACUCAGCUGUGCCAGGCCCCACGGCAGGGCCUGCUCUACGGCAUCCCCGUGAGCCUCAAGGAGUGCUUCAGCUACAAGGGCCAAGACUCCACGCUGGGCUUGAGCUUGAAUGAGGGGGUGCCAUCGGAGUGUGACAGUGUGGUGGUGCAGGUGCUGAAGCUGCAGGGGGCAGUGCCCUUUGUGCACACCAAUGUCCCCCAGUCCAUGUUAAGUUUUGACUGCAGUAACCCCCUCUUUGGCCAGACUCUGAACCCCUGGAAGUCCUCCAAGAGCCCCGGUGGAUCCUCCGGGGGCGAGGGGGCGCUCAUCGGGUCGGGGGGCUCCCCGCUGGGCUUAGGCACCGAUAUUGGAGGCAGCAUCCGCUUCCCUUCCGCUUUCUGCGGCAUCUGUGGCCUCAAGCCUACCGGGAACCGCCUCAGCAAGAGUGGCCUGAAGGGCUGUGUCUAUGGACAGACGGCAGUGCAGCUUUCUGUUGGCCCCAUGGCCCGGGAUGUGGAGAGCCUGGCAUUAUGCCUGAAAGCCCUACUGUGUGAGGACCUGUUCCGCUUGGACCCCACUGUCCCCCCCUUGCCCUUCAGAGAGGAGAUCUACACAAGCUCUAGACCCCUGCGGGUGGGUUACUAUGACACCGACAACUAUACCAGGCCUAGCCCAGCCAUGACGAGGGCGGUGCUGGAGACCAAGCGGAGCCUCGAGGCUGCUGGCCACACGCUGGUUCCCUUCUUGCCCAACAACAUCCCCUACGCUCUGGAGGUCCUGUCCGCAGGUGGGCUGUUCAGUGACGGUGGCCACGCUUUCCUCCAGAACUUCAAAGGUGACUUUGUGGAUCCCUGCUUGGGGGACCUGAUCUUAAUUCUGAAGCUGCCCGGGUGGUUUAAGAGACUGCUGAGCUUCCUGCUGAAGCCUCUGUUUCCUCGGAUGGCAGCCUUUCUCAACAGCAUGCAGUCUCGGUCGGCUGGAAAGCUGUGGGAACUGCAGCAUGAGAUUGAGGUGUACCGAAAUUCUGUGAUUGCCCAGUGGAAAGCUAUGAACUUGGACGUGCUGCUGACCCCCAUGCUGGGCCCCGCUCUGGAUCUGAACGCAUCCGGCAGAGCCACAGGGGCUAUCAGCUACACUGUGCUCUACAACUGCCUGGACUUCCCUGCGGGGGUGGUGCCCGUCACCACUGUGACGGCUGAGGACGACGCCCAGAUGGAACACUACCAGGGCUACUUUGGGGAUAUCUGGGACCAUAUACUGAAGAAGGCCAUGAAGAAGAGUGUAGGCCUGCCUGUGGCCGUGCAGUGUGUGGCUCUGCCCUGGCAGGAAGAGAUGUGUCUGCGGUUCAUGCGGGAGGUGGAACAGCUGAUGACCCCUGAAAAGCGGCCGUCCUGAGGGUCACUCACCUGCCCAGCUCUGGAGGACCUAAGGCCUAUGAACUCUGUCGCCUGUGAGGAAAUGCCGAGCACAGGGAAGAGGUGUCCACCUGUCCUCCCCUGGACUCCUGCGGAAGCACAGGACACUUCCCCCCCCUCCCCCCACCACACACACAGUCUGGACCUUGCUCCCCUCUCUGGUCCACUUUCCAUCCUGACCCCCUACUUCAUGUGGCAGCCAGCAGGAAUGGUCUGGGCUCAUCAACAGCGAAGAAGCAAUAUGUUAUGUAUUUUCUAGGUGUUUCUAUUAGGGUGCUGGGAACCAGAGCCUGCUGAGAGGCCUGGCCGGAACCUCUAGAGCCAGCUACAAUUCAUGUCACUCUCCUGCUCCAAAACCUCCCUGGUGCCAUCACCCCACAGCUUGGACACAGGGGCGUGUUCUCGUCACUUACCUCCUUCCCUUCCUUUUUUCGUUUGGGUUCGGCCCAGCUUUGAUGGACACUGCCUCUUUUCUCCUUCGCUCACUCCAUCUCUGCCGACAUGCACUUCUUAGUCCUUGGAAGCCUAGCACUCAUCCCCUGCUUUUUUUCCCCAGGAAGCCUUCUGUCCUUCUCUGGGCCCCAGAGAGUGUGGGAUCUUUCGUCCCAGUCUGCCCUGGUGGUGGAGUGGACAUCUGUGGUGGGUGGUGUCCCCUGAGGACACUAGCCCUCCUCAAUGGUGGGGACUCCAUUUCUGCUAUUACAGACAGCGCAGGGCAGCAGAGAAAGCACCCGGGGUGGACUGCAGGGAGCCGAGUGGGCGCACCUGGCCCUCAGCUGGCAUUGUUGCCCGGGGAGGAAUAAGCAAGGCAGUCAGUGCUACCAGUGCUGACCAAGGCCUGGAAGGAAGUCUUCCUGGAGGAGGAGGAGCAGGAGGAGGAAGAGGAGGAGGGGGGGACUGUAUUGAGCCUAGAAAGUUCUCAGAGGCUAAGUUAAGAAAUAAGAACAUGGGGGCUAGAGAGAUGGCUCAGAGGUUAAGAACAUUGACUGCUCUUCCAGAGGUCCUGAGUUCAAUUCCCAGCAACCACAUGGUGGCUCAUGACUGUCUUAGCUCCUGUUUCAGGGGAUCCCACACCCUCACACAGACAUACAUUCAGGCAGAACACCAAUACAUAUAAAAUACAAAUAAACAAAUUAUUUUUAAAGAAGAAAGGAAUGAGAGCAUCCCAGAGAGAAGGGGCAGCAUGCCCAAAGGCCAGGGUGGGUUUGGACAUGGCGGGCGUGUUGAACGUGCACGGUAGAAACAGAGAUGCAGGUGAGACCGGCUUAAGGAAGACUUGGGUGGCCAGGUGAGGAACUUGAGUUCUUUCUCAGGGGUGGCAAGGGUCUUGGGGGGUUAUACAGGUUCAGAAAGGAGGGCAGAUUGAGGGUCAAAGCCUAGACAAAGAGAAGGACAUGACUGAUCUCUUAUCUGGGACCUUUUAUGUUAUCAGUUCCGUCUGCUCAGAACACUCAGCUUCAGUGUCCUGGACGCUUCAUCCUGUCGCUUUCUAAGGUCUCUGAGCUUAACCCCACUAGAGUAUCACCAUCUGAAAACACAGGCCUUUGUCUUCUCUGCAAAAGCAACCGUAUUGCUCGUGUGUGAUGGAGUUCUUGGAGUGAAUGGAACUCAGAAGGUGCUCAAUUAGUAGAGAGAAACACAAAAUGAGCCCCUGCACAGGGCAGGCACCAGACUGUGUUGAGGCUCCAGUGACAGGUGAUAGAGACUCGGUUGUUGUCUUCACAGAGCUUAAAUUAUAGAGGGUGUUUCUCAAUGAAGGGAGUAAGGAAGGCAGGCAGGUUUACUAAUACAGAUCCCCGAAUGUUUAAUGUGGGAGUGAGCAAAUGACUUUUGAUGAUGUGUGAAACCACUGAGCACUCCUGCGAGCUGCCUCCUUCUGGACGUUUAGAUUCAUCAUGUCACUUAAUUCCCCUAUCCACCUUAUCAUUCAUCUGUGCCCUCAUUUUACAGGAAGAUCAUGUGUGUACCUUGCCCUGGGUCCCCCCAGCCAGAAGUGGGUGACAGCCUCAGUGCCGUUAGUCUGCUCUUCUUGAAUGUCCUGGAGACUUGGCCUGUGGGCGGUGCCGAGCACACUGUGUCCCACCUGCAUGCCCUUUGCUCACUGAUUUUACUGUGUCUAGAAUGUUCUUCCUUUGCUCUCUACCUGAAGAGUACCUCCCCAUCUUGGGUGAGCUGAUUGUCCCUCACUUUUAGUUCUACCAGACUGGGGGGUGGGAGGGAAGGCUGCUUGUAUUUCUGUAUAUUCCCCGAAGCAGAAGUUGUGUCUUAGGCUCUGGAGGUGAGACCCCAUUAUCUCAUAUGAAAAUCCAUGCAAACUGGAGUGUAGAGAAGGUUGCCGAUUCAUCCAAGGCCGAUCAGGAGGUAUAGUGAAGACCUGAGACCCACAUGCCCCACUCUGAACUUCAUGCACUUUCCUCAUUCUGCAACCACAAGUGCAGUCAUUAAACUGUUCCGGGUGCCACCAGCCUCUGUGUUGAGUGACACCAUCUCCUGGAAGACGGAAGCGUUGUCGCUAUGCUUGCUUCUCUGUUGCUGUGUGUCUGCAGGAGCUUUGGUCCUUGCCCUUGACCCCUUCCUUGAUCUGUCCUGCAGGUUUGUGAUGUAGAGCUCAGGAUACAACUAGAGGACCUGCCGUGGGUCCCAGUAAGGGAACAUCAUUUGUUGUUGAGUCAGGGUCUCUACAUAGUCCUGGCUGUCCAGGAUCUCACUCUGCAGACUUUCAACUCACAAAAGCCACCUGCCUCAGCCUCCCUAGUGCUGAGACUAAAGGUGGGUGUGCACCACCACACCAGGCCUAAUGGGUGUAGUUGGAAUUUUCUUUGGGCCACCAACCAGCUCCCAAAUAAAGGCAUUGAAACUUAUUAUGAAUGCGUGACCUUAGCCUAGGCUUGUCCCACUACCUCUUUUAACUUAAUUUAACAUGUUUCUAUUCAUGUAUGUUUUGCUUCUGGGCUUUUUACCUUUCAUUCUGUAUGUCCUGCUUUCCUGCUUCCUCCAUGGCUGGCUGGCAGCUGCCUUCUCCCCCCCCAUCCCCCAUUCCCGCCUCCCAGUGACUCCCUGGUGUCUUUUCUUUCUUCCUAUGUCCCUAAAUUCCUCCUACUACUUACUCUUCUUGCCUGGAAGUCCCGCCUAUAUCUCUUCUCUUACUAUUGGCCAUUCAGCUUUUUAUUAGACCAAUCAGGUGCCUUAGGCAGGCAAGGCAAAACAGCAACACAUCUUUACAUAGUUGAACAAAUAUUCCACAACAUAAACAAAUGCAAUACAUAUUUACAUAGUUAAAUAUUCCACAACAUAAAUGUAACACAUCUUUACACAGUUAAACAAAUAUUCUGCAACAAACGGGACUUUUUUAGGGUCAUCUGUGGCGUUUCCCCUCUGCAAACCAUCUUCUUGUGCAUCUACAUGAUGUGAUUUCUUCUACCGUUUAUUAUAAUAUAAAACUCAGGGACAAAUAUAAGAACCUGAGACCGUCACCACGGUUGUGACACACCUGCCACCAUUCUCCUCCUGGCUCCAAAAGGGCCCGACAGCUUCUUCUCUGGGGGCCAUGCUUUGUCUCACCCUGAGUCUACCUCUUGAACCAAAUGCUCUAUUCAGCUGGACAACAGACCACAACAUAAAUGAACUUCCCAUAACAUCCACAGAUCUGAACUCUGGACCAAGGAAGGGGUGUGUCGCUCUGGACACCUGCCAGGGGCACCCUUUAGAGACAGUCAUGUAAUCAAGUCAUGAGAUUCCCCCACCACAUCUGUCUCUGGUCUGUGUUUUGUUAGCUUGCCAGUCUUGGUCAGGCUUCCAAAGUCUCCACCAUGUCGGUUGGAGUGGUGACCUAGGAUACCUUAAGUGAAUGAGACCACUUUUGGUCCGGGCUUUGUAAGGUUUAUCCAUGUAUGCCCAGGACCCACCAUGGUGCCUAGUACUUAAUGGAUGGUCAAUGAAGGCUUGUUGGAGGAUGGCACACACUUGUUACGAGGGCAUCCGUUUGGGCGUCUCUUGAUUACUUCUCUCAUUCAUUAUAGGGAACUUCCCAGUUUGACCCUGACCUUCGAAUGUACUUUCUUCACCUUGAUUCAUGACCACAAGGACGAAUGUUUCCUUGUCUCUCUCCAACCUAGAGCUUUCUUUUAGUCUAGAGAGCUGCAUGUAUCAACUUCCGCCAACCCCCAGCCCUCCCCUCCUCCUUCCACUCAUCCCGUAAACACAUCGAAUCCCUCCCACAGUAUGCUUAGGGUAAUCGAACAGAACAGCCCCUGCUUGGAUGGUCUUUUAGUCUACCAGCAACUGUGUGUCUACCCAGUGUGUCCGAAAUGCUAUAAAGCAGAAGUCCUGGGGAUGAUGACACCAAGCAAGGGCCAGCUCUGGCCUGCAGUGUGUGUGUGAGCAGGUGUGUCAGGGAGUACUUCCUGUGUGAAGUGACACCCAAGCUGAAAAGUGCAUUGUCACAGGAGCCCAGGAAUGAGUGUUACAAGAAUGGUGGAGUCAACCUAAAUGCCGAGGCUGUAACGGGAUGAGGACAGGUGAAGGUAGGGAUGGAGAACACCUGCCAUCCUUGACUUAUCAUUGAGCGCCUACUGUGUACCAGACACUCUGCAAAAGGCUGAGGAGGUCCUGGCUUUUAAGGAACUCAUUUUCUAAGGAGGGGCAUGCAAAUAAGUGCAUAAAUAAAACAAUUCCUGCUGAUAA